GCUAGUGCUGACAAAGUAUUAGUCAGUGGUAGGUCGAGGUGCUGGAGGUGGCAGUGGAAGUGCUGUUGGUGGUGGUGGUGGUGGUGAUCGUGGUGGUGGAUGAUGUUGAUGUUGCUGGUUGCGAUAAGCACGGGGGACUGAAGUGCACGACUACGUUAUUCGUAUCCCACUAAACGAAGCGAAACAGUUCCUGUCAGUUCACGUUCAGGGAGAGCACGAAUUUUCGCUAAGAACACAGCUUACCAGGAAAAGAUGCUCAAGGGAUACUCUCCGGUCACGCAGGCGCUCCUCGGCACCCUCUUCACGUGGGGACUCACGGCUGCCGGAGCCGCCCUCGUAGUUGUCAUUCGCGGGAAACAGAGAAAACUUCUUGAUGCCAGUCUUGGAUUUGCUGCAGGAGUGAUGAUAGCGGCCAGCUACUGGUCUCUCCUGGAGCCUGCGAUAAAAUUGGCAGCAGAAAGCAAAGUAUACGGAGAAGAGGGCAAAUAUGCAUUUAUGCCAGUUGGCAUUGGUUUUCUCGUGGGCGCAGCAUUUGUAUAUGGGACCGACGUGUUGAUAUCUUCCCUUGGCAUUCAGUCCCCCAAUGUGCUUUUAGCUAUGCAGUCAGUCGGUACGAAACAAAGACGAAAAAUCCUUGCAAAAUUAAAAAGUGACGAGGAUCUAAAAGAUAAUAAUAUAAUUAACAACGCACAAAUUUAUGGCGGCAAUAUAUACUCAAUUACAGAAUCAACCACUAUCGAUGGCUUCUACGAACAGAACGCGAGAAGAAGACAAACUGGAAGCAUCCAGAGGGACACAGAGAGUGAAGAGAUUGGAACCAUCUACGAGGAUCCUAAUAACGAUAUCAAAAACGAACAAUGGCGGAGAAUAUUACUGCUGGUAGUCGCAAUCACGGUUCACAACAUUCCUGAAGGCCUGGCGGUUGGUGUCGGUUUCGGUGCAGCUGCAAACAGCUCGUCAGCUACUUUCGAAAGUGCGAGAAACCUGGCCAUCGGCAUUGGCAUACAGAACUUCCCGGAGGGCCUGGCCGUUGCGUUGCCCCUGCAAGCCGCAGGGUUCAGCACCUUCAAGAGUUUCUGGUACGGGCAACUUUCGGGGAUGGUGGAACCCAUAGCUGGGGUCAUUGGCGCUGCUGGGGUGUCCCUUGCUGCACCUGCCCUGCCCUACGCCCUUUCCUUCGCUGCUGGUGCGAUGAUCUACGUCGUUAUCGAUGACAUCAUACCCGAAGCUCAUCAGAGUGGAAAUGGAAAACUAGCCAGCUGGGGCGCCGUUCUUGGAUUCCUCGUGAUGAUGUCCCUCGACGUUGGACUCGCUUAAGCUGCCUAAGCGCUGCCAACUGCUGGUAGCUGAAAAGUCAUUGCCAGCUGCCAAUCUCGUCUUUGCGUUCAAUCCGGUGAGACAUUUCCAUUCGGCAGGACGAUUUCAGUAUUUUCUACAGUCGUCGGUCCUACAAGAUUUUUGGCAAACUUGCCAAUCCCUAUUUUUAAGGUUCCUUAAUAAUUAGUAAACACGUCUGAUAUCCCGUUGACGGAUCAGUAAUAUUGUAUUAGGAUUAUUAAUAAGAAAAGUCUAUAAAGACAGAAGAAGGAUGAAACGACCGGAUCGAUGCCUCAUGAGUUAGCAUCUAAUCUAUUAAAUAGGCUAUUGGUUAUCGUUAAGAUGUGCAUCGUCGAGGCAAUACGUAUAUACAGGGUGGCACCAGGUGCUGGUUGUCAGAUAGUUCAAUUCAAGUAACUGAAGUUACGAUUAAGGACACUUUCAUUAAUUGACGACGAUCCAAUCAAAAUCCAUGAGUAGCUCCUUUAUUGGUUAACGGACUUAUUGGACUUGUCAGCUGGUUAUUGGAGGCCGACCGUACUAGGUUUAUGCGGAUAAAUUAUUCUAGGGGGAAAAAAAGGAAAAUUAAUAUAUUGAUUUUAUGCGAAUAAUUAAGGAUAUAUCAUUUAGCCAGGAGAUGCUUCCUUUGUAACGUCUGACUUGACGUACUAGAACCUAUUGUUAACGUUUAGACGUGCGUUUAGAUUAUUUUGACAGACUUUCAAAAUUGACCUAAAAACUUUUUAGUGGCCCGGGAACAAUUCCAAAGACAUAUCCCGAUUGUAUAUAGCGAUGGUAUUUAUAUAUGACAUGUACAUAUACAUAUAUAUGUAAUUAUGUAUUAUUAAUAUGUCAAAAAAAAAGCGUUUUGUGGAUAACCUAUCAGUUAUCACUGCGCAUUUAUUUAGAAGAAAAAUUAUUAUUGCUACUAGAUUUAUUAUGCACUUGCAUUAAUUAAUUGCGUCAAUUGACUAGCGGUAUGUAUAAUUCUAAAUACAUAAUUCAUUACUUGCGAAGGCACUUGCGAAAGGGAAAAAAAAGAUUGUUGAUUAAGCAUUCGAGUAUUUGUAAAAUAUCGAUGGAAUUAUUAAGCGUGUCUCUUGUUAUUAUCUCGACGAUGCAUAAUAAAAGUGCAAAAUGUUCUACAUAAGAAAUAUAUUUUCGAUACGAGCUACUACAGAGUGCUAUGUACUAUAACGUGAUAGCAAUACGGAUAUAAUUAUGUGCGUAGGUAAAUAUAGCAUACAAAUUGAAAGCGGGAUAAAUUUUAACGUAAUAUGAUUCCCGGUAGAUCCAAGAGACAGUAGGAAUAAAAUUCAGUGAAAUUCAAUUUGGGAUUUCGUUUUGGAUUUCUUAUGGAUCUCCACGACGGAUAUGUGAAUCUGACCUGGGAUCGAUUGGUUUAUUUAUUAUUAAUCAAGUUUAAUGUUUAUAAUUAACUCGGUCACAAAUUAAUUGUCACAAGAGAAGCAUUUGCCUUCAUUUUGUUACUUCUAUGUAUUAUAUGUAAGAACGAUCCUCCUGUCAUGUUUACAAUGUACCUUUUGCUACCAGCCAACAACUAUUAUGUAUAGUCAAUAGAUAUUCCUACAGUGACAACUCCUACGUGAUGUACUUACGAUUUGUCAAUAGACUAUAUUAUUUAUGGGCUGAUAAAUAACGCUCUCUGUAAUUAAAAAUUGCAGAUUGCGACGGCGUAAUUUUCUAUGCGAAACAAUGACAUUGUUAUAGCUCAAAAUAAAGGUGCUCUCACGCCCAUCGUACAGAUUA